AGGGGGAGGCCAAGGAAAUAUGCUCCGGAUGGGCCGGUCUCAUUGGGUCUGUCUCCCAUGUCUGCUGGUUCUAAGCUCACUCCAGGGUCGAAUUCCUCAACCCCGAGACAACGAAGAGGGCGGCCACCUGGUUCUGGAAGGAAACAACAAUUAGCUCUCCUUGGUGAGUGGAUGAACAAUUCAGCUGGACUAGCUUUUGCUCCACAUGUCAUUCACGUUGGAGCUGGAGAAGAUAUUGUAGAUAAAGUAUUGUCGUUUGCACAGCAGAGGCCAAGGGCUGUUUGCAUCAUGUCGGGCAAUGGUACCGUUUCUUCUAUUACACUACGUCAGCCUGCAUCUACUGGCGUGAGCGUCACAUAUGAGGGUCAUUUCCAGAUAUUGUGUUUGUCUGGUUCUUACUUGGUGGCUGAAGAUGGUGGUCCUCGAAAUAGGACGGGCGGUAUUAGUGUUUCCCUCUCUAGUCCUGAUGGUCAUGUCAUUGGUGGUGGAGUUGCCGUUCUUACAGCGGCUGGCCCUGUUCAGGUAGUUGCUUGUAGCUUUGUUUAUGGUGCAAAGAUCAAGAAUAAGCAGGUCGCUGGUCUGAGAAGCAAUGACGGUUCCGAAAAUGAUCAUCAUGAUAAUUUGGUUUCGCCGUCGAGUGCCCCAUCUGCUCAAACAUACAAUCCUUCUGCAAUUGGUGUUUGGCCUGGUUCCCGUUCAGUCGAUGUGAGAAACCCUCAUACUGGAAUCGAUUUGACACGAGGAUGAUGAAAUAUUGCAACAGACACAUGUUCAUUUUGUACAUAUGUGUUGUUGUAAAUGAACCAAACCUUGUGAGGACUACCUUUCAUUGUGUCAAAGACUUCCUUUCGCAGCGGUUAACAGAUUCGAUGCUAACAUGGUAUGUAGCAAGAGGCUUCAUUUCGAGUUUCUCAAGUCAAUGUUGAUUUUAUUGGACAGAGUUUCUGGUUUUUGGAGGGUAAUAUUUCAGGGCAGCUGUAGCAGGAGGAAGAAGCAUGUUUGUCUUUGAGCAGAAAUUUUCCAUCUAAUGAAAAUUUUAGGGAGCCAUAGGAUAUUAUGUAGUGUUCUAAGAUGUAAUUUUAAGUUAUAUAUCAGAGUUUCUCAUUUCAAUUUCCUUUUCAAGGGCUUCUACUUGAGAUGAAAAGAAUUAUGGUGGUGUUGGUUAGAAUCAAAACUGGAAUGGAAUAGGAAUUAGAAUUUGUUCAA